GCGCGCAUCUUUGGCUCGUUGACAUCGCUGGUCGCUCGCUUGAGCACGGUCGUACCAAUUAUUAAUAUGGCAGAUGUUCGGGUCUCUAGUGUUGUUUAAGUUCGUGAAACUGUACAGUAAACUGCGAGUGACAAAACAGUGGGUCCUCUUACCGAAGGGCACUGUCAUGUAUAUGAGAUUUUGAUCGGCGCACGUUCCAACGUCCACGUGCGAAUCUGUGAUUUAACGCGCGCACGAAAGAGGGAAAGUGCGAGGGAGAUUAUAUUGUACGACUGACUCGAACGUACAGAAUCGCGCGGAUCUCCCUCGUCGCCGUGAGUCUACCAACAUCGCCAACCAACCUCAACGACGAGAAGCACAUCGACGACGUCUCCGUGUGUGCGCGCGCGCGCGCGCGCGAAAGAGAAAGAGAACGAGCGUUUUUCGUUUUUUUUUUUUUUUUAAACAUUCGUCCACUUUGUUUAUCAUCAGGAACACUAUGGAAUUCGUCGCGUUGUGAUACGCAGCCGGUGGCGCUUGUCCCAGGUGUGUCAUCGUCUCUAUACUGCAUUUUAAUGUAACUAUUACGGAAACGCUGUGCGAAGGAGGAGGUUACAAGUGAUUACGGGUCUUUGUCAUGGAUCAAUGGCGAUCUCAUGAAAUUAUUAAGUUUUCAAGUGUUGUGCUAGAGAAAGAAAAGUGGAUGUGUUAAUCAAAUCUGCAAGGUACAAGUGCUUGGUGUGCCUGCUUGCGGGCAAAAACAUUUUUUUUUAAGUAGUGCCACCAGGCUAUGGCCAACUUGAACUUUGAACAACCGCCACGCAGUAUUGCGAACGCAAGUCUUACUUCACGUGCUGCCACUGCUGGGGGAGGUUUGAAUACCGUGGCCCUCGCGGGUCAUGUCACGCCUACCUCGGGCAUGUUCUCAGGCUCGUCCGCAAGUACUUCGAGUACAGUCAAUUCAGCGAUAGUCGCCGCUAACGUUUAUCCUGGAGCAUCUGGCGGUGGACAGAAUAAUCAUCAGCAACAGCAGCAACUCUCUCCUAUGGGCAGUAGAGGACUGUUUGGACAGAGAGCUUUUACUGAUAGACGUACGAUGCCUGCUCUUGGAGCUUCAAAUCCAAUGGGUAGUAUGGGCAGUUUCGGAAUACCUCCAAGUCGCAAUUACGGAUCUCAAGGUGCGGUUAACAAUUUCCACUCUGUUUUUGGGAGUGGAGGUGGUGGAGAUACGAGUACUCCACCUCUGUUAGAUCUCUCGGAGUUUCCCUCCCUAACGAAUAGAGGUCAAGGUGAUUCUAUGCCGCAACCUAGUCCCAUGCCAGGGAAACAGCCUUAUGUUGGAAUGGUAAAGCAACCAACAUCCGAAUCGAGCGAAUUUACGAUGAGCUCAGAGGAUUUUCCUGCAUUACCAGGAACGCAGAAUCGAGAAGGUCCGUCACCUGGUGGCAGUAUGUCUGGUGAUAAAAAUAUUCCUGUAGGACUUGGUCCAGAAAUCGGACAAGAUGUGCUACAGGCCAACAGAGCACCUGGAUCUGAGAAAUCUCAGUCUUCUAAAAGAGGCAUCCAAACAUCGCCCGAUGGCAAGGUGACGAAUAUACCUGCAAGCAUGGUGAAGGAUCAAUUCGGCAUGGUUGGGCUUUUGACGUUUAUCAGAGCGGCGGAGACAGAUCCGAACUUGGUGUCGCUAGCGUUAGGUCAAGAUCUUACUGCAUUAGGACUGAAUUUGAAUUCACCAGAAAAUCUCUACCAGAAUUUUGGUGGCCCCUGGGCGGAAACUCCGUGUCGACCGCAGGAUAUAGAUUUUCACGUACCACCGGAAUAUCUUAUAAAUGCCGCAAUCAGGGAUAAACUAGCGCCAGUUAAACUAAAUCGAUAUAAAGAUGAUCUACUGUUUUAUAUGUUUUAUACAAAUGUUGGGGAUGUAUUGCAAUUAGCUGCUGCGGCGGAACUAUACAGCAGAGAGUGGCGAUAUCAUAUGGAGGAAAAAGUUUGGAUAACGCAGGCACCAGGUUUGGGAAUUGUAGAAAAGACGUCGACAUAUGAACGUGGUACUUAUUACUAUUUUGAUGCGCAAAAUUGGAGAAAGGUAGCUAAGGAAUUCCAUUUGGAUUAUGCAAAACUAGAAAGUAGACCUCAUCUUCCUUCGAACUUUCACCAAACUCAGCCUUGACUACAGACUUGUCUGCAGACCAUUGUGCUGUCUUUAAGCUGGAAACGAAUCAGCUAUUGUAUAAAUGAACAAAUUUAAUAAUCUUUAAUAAAAACAUAAAAUUUGAAGAGUAAUAAAAGGAACUUUUUUAAUCACUAACUUAGAUACCUCUUCGCCUCGCUAUCGGUCAUAGUUCAUUAUCGAUUGUCAUUAUCUUACCAUAAUAAUUCUUCCUCGUAAUUACGAUAUUUAUUAUAUUCUCAUACCUUCAU